CCAAGAUGUCUGCGCUCACAAAGUCGCUGACUUCGUCCGGCUGGAGGAUUUUAGCCGCGUGUGCGCGACAGUACUCUUCUCUCACAACCGAGCUGAUUGAAAACAUGGACAAGAAAGCCACCUGGGACCGCUUUUACACGGAGACCAACAGCAAGGCGCCCGCCUUCAGGAACUUUGAGUGGUUCUUCGGUUUCGAUUCGGUCCAGGACUUGAUCCUGCCCCUCCUGCGGACCGGGUCCCGUCCCGACGGCCUGCUGCAGGUCUUGGACCUGGGCUGUGGGACCUCGGCUUUAGGCCCGUCUGUUUACGCCCGCUGCUCCCUCCCCGUCCACGUCACCUGCGCAGACAUCUCCCCCGUGGCGGUGCGGCUGAUGCGGGAGCAGACGGCGGCGAGAUCCGUCCGGCCGCUGAACCUGUCCUCCCGGCUGGACUUUGUGGAGCUGGACUGCACUCAGCUGGACACGCGCUUCGCUGCGGACAGCGUGGACCUCAUACUGGACAAGGGGACCACAGACGCCCUGCUGAGGUCCAGGGAGGGCGGGGGGAAGGCCGACCUGCUGCUGAGGCAGUGCUUGAAAGCCCUGCGACGCUCCGGAUCCCUGCUGCAGUUCUCGGACGAGGACCCAGACGCCAGGCUGCCCUGGCUGGAGGCGGCGGCGGCGGCGGCGUGCGAUCAGGGGCUCGCGGGGCCACGUGUGGCGGUGCAAGAGGUCGGGGAGCUACGAGGGGUGUGUUACUACUGCUAUCAAGUGACCGCUCCACCCACUGCUUAACUGAGAGCAAUAAAGAAUCAGUCUACUGCUGAAUUAAAAUUCAGUUUUCACCAAGUUUGGUAUAAAACUAAAACACAUCCUGAAUGUAAUUCAGUGAUUUACAGUAACAGGUGCUGACAUCUGUUAUUACUUUUGAUGCACUGCCAUCCAGUGGUCGAUAAGAGUUACUGCAUCAUGUGGAGGACCAACAGCAUUUUAGGGAAAAAAACACAAAAAAACCAAAACAUAAAUGAAUUCCAAUCGAAGACGGGAAUUUAUAUAGAUUUGUAUACACAGUCCCUCACAAGACAAGUUGUUAUUGGAAGGAAAAAAAUGGGACAACCACUAAAAACACCAAAGAAUAUUAAAUCUAAUGUAUUUAUGAACGAAAACCAUGAAAAUCUCCUUAAUAUUUUCCACUCUGAUCUGUGUGGGUGUAUAAUUGAAAAUACCAGAAUGAAAAGCUGCUUAUCUCUGGAAAUGUGAAUAAAAUCUGUGGCCACCACACAUGUUUUUGACGCAAGAAUCUUUUUAUGUUGCAGACACAACACAUGCAGGA